AUGGAGCUGGUUAAAAAACUAGCAGGUGCUUGGAAGGAGUUACCAGCAUCACAGAAGCAGGUUUAUGAGGAAGCUAGAAAGACAGAUUGGCAAAGAUACUCAGAGCAGUUGGCCGCAUACAAAGCAAAGCUAACUCCAGCCCAGGCUGCGGCUUUGAAAGAAGAAAGGAGAAAACGACUGGCAAAAAGAAGAUCAUUCAGGGCAAAAAGAGAAAUGACCGUGCUUGGAAAGCCUAAAAGACCUCGUAGCGGCUUUAACAUUUUUGUGUCAGAAAACUUUCAAGAAAGUGAGGGGAUUUCACCUGCGGCAAAGCUGAAACAAUUAUUCGAUGCAUGGCGAAAACUGUCCAGUACUCAGAAGCAGGAAGCUGUGGACUCCGAGCAGGGGACAGCAGAUGUGGGACACUGUGAGCGCUAUGGCUAUGGGAGGAAGGGGAAGGGCUCAGGGCUCCCGCACCGGGGCAAAAAGUUCUCUGGAUCACUGCCAUCAAGGGAGAAAGAGAACUCCUCAGCAAACUUUCAGAUCCUGGGCAAGGCGUACGCCGUCCUGAGCGACGCGGAGCAGCGCGCUGUGUACGAUGAGCAGGGCAGGGUGGACGAGGACGGCGAGGCGCUGAGGGGCGAGCGGGACUGGCAGGAGUACUGGCGGCUGCUCUUCAAGAAGAUCACUGUAAAAGAUAUUGAAGACUUCGAAAAGAGCUACAAAGAUUCAGAAGAAGAGCUAGCUGAUAUUAAAGCAGCAUACGUGGAUUUUGAGGGUGACAUGGACAGAAUAAUGGAGUCCGUGUUGUGUGUGGACUAUACAGAUGAACCAAGAAUACGGAAGAUCAUAGAAAAAGCCAUUGACUCUGGAGAAGUCCCGUCCUACAAGGGUUUUGUAAAGGAGUCGAAGCAGAAAAUGCUCGCAAGAAAAAGGCGGGCAGAAAAAGAAGCUAGAGAGGCAGAAAAGACUAAAGACGAACUGGGCCUUGGUGGAGAAGAUGACUUGAAAGCGCUGAUUCAAAGCAGAAAUAAAGAUCGAAAAAAGGAAAUGGAUGACUUUUUGGCGCAACUGGAAGCAAAAUAUGGGAAUAAUGCUAAAAAAGGAGGAAAGAAGACUGCUGCCAAGAAAGGAAAGAAAUAA